AUCACAAUACAUUUCCCAUGAUGCUUAGGUACGUGGAGGGGUUUGGCUAGAUGGGCGCGAUGUGAAGAAAACCAUUUGAACGAAAAAAUGGCGGAAAAAUAUUUGGAAGCUGGGCAAGACUGUUGCGGAAGUGUCGCCGUUGCUGACACCCAGGAUGAGAUGACAGAUGCAGUGGAAGGACGUUCAGAGACAGGCAAACAAGAAAUGCAUGCAGAAAACACAGAGGGAACUUCAUAUCCCACUGUCAGCCCCGCUGCACGGAGGAAAUCCUGGAGGAGAGCAACCAUAACCCGACGCUCUCUCCCUGUCAUCCUCAACCCAUAUCGGGUUUUGUGCAGGAGCAUAAGUACAUCCUUGUCACAACAAGAGAGGCUGGAGAAAUUGAUGGAGGCUUCAAUGAAGCUGGUAAUAGAACGAACUCAAAAUUUGCUGCAGUCGGUGCCAAACACCUCACUGGAGUCUUUUCAGAAACAAGUGGAGCAAAUGCAGAAAGAGUGGGGUUGUCUGGCCAAAGGCCUGCGCAGUAAACCACAGGGUCAUCAACUCCCUGCUAGUGCAGCCAGUUCUAGUGACCCUGCAGUGCAAAAAGCCAUGGAGAAAGUCCAGAAAGCCAUCAACAGGCUCCAGGCUGAAAGUGAGUCUUGGGAUGUACUGUUGAACAAACACAGGAGUAAAGCAGAGGAAUUGCAAAGGAAAGUGGAACAGGGCCAGGAGAGAGGCGUAUCAUUAGACUCUACAUCUGUGGCCCAGUCCUCACAGUACCAUUUCAUACAGAAUAAACCGGACUACCAGAGUGUCCUCUGUAGACAACAGCCCAUGCUUCAUACCAUGGAAAUGAUUAUGGGCACUCAGUGUAAGAUGGUUAGAGAGCUUCUGUCCAUCAAGGAGCAGUCGCAGUUAUUGGUGAAAGAGACCAGUGGCCGACUGGCGGCAGAGGCAGGAUUCCAGGAUCUUUCACCUGACCUCAUCAGGAGCCUUAUGGCAGCACCUUUAUCCUCCGCACGUACAUAGUCACUCUGGCAUGAGCUAAGCAUAAGCAAUCAAUUUUCUAAUGGACCGUGCCCUUUGUAUGACUUAUAGAUGAAGCUCAUGUGUGUAUACUUUCUGGUAAUUUUUCUAUGAUGUGAUUUGACAACAUUUAAUUUCUUUGCUCUGUCUUUGUUGUCUCAUUUUAUAACUUAAAGUAAGCUCUAAUGUUGUGUUUAAUGUAAAUGUAAUGUUUUCUGUGUCAAGUAAACCAUUUCUGUCAGUUCAGGUAAUCCAUGUGGUUGACCAGCAGGUGGCAGUAGCUGGCAAUAAAAAAAUUAUUGCGAA